UGGGAUAUUUAUACUCACCACUGACACAUGGUUUUGUUUACAUUUCAUUCGCGAUGGAUAAACAAAGUGGAAAUUGUGUGAUUUGUGAGGAAAAUUCGGCAAAAUACAAGUGUCCAACGUGUGCAGUUCCUUACUGUUCCGUUGUCUGCUGCAAAAAGCACAAAGAAAGUCCGUGUGACGCGCCCCAAAGCAGUCUCAAGCCAGUAACACGUGCGAAAUCCACAAUCCUCUUCCCCACUGAAGACACUGUACCUGAGCAGACGCUGGAGAUGCUGAGAAAUUCUGCAGAACUCAAGGAUCUUUUAAGAAAUCCGCACCUGAGGCGACUUUUGCAGGAACUUGAUGGAGUGCAGAAUGCCGAAAAGGCUAUGAGUGCAGCAAUGCAAGAGCCUCUCUUCACGGAAUUCGCCGAUCAAGUUCUCAGAAUUGUUGAGCCACAGGAAAAGACAUUGAGAGAAUGAAAAAUGUGAUAGGAAAAAGUGAAUAAAAGGCGAAAUUGUGUCUCGGAUGUGUCUCUGAUACCAAAGGGGCAAAUAAGUGGUAUUUUUAAAGGCAAAAUUAUAUUCUUCAGUACAUAAUAAAAAUCUAGCUAUAAAUGUACAUUUGUUUAUUAAUUAAAAAAGCUAUAAAGACUUCUCUCUUCAAAAAUUGUAGUUUUUCGCCUCUGUUGGAUUUUGAAUUCAUAAGAAUAUUAGGAAUGAUAAAAAAAAACUGGCUAGCGCAGACCGGAAGUCAGGAAAUCAUUAUUGCCCCAAUUUUUCGCAUUAUCGUCCCCAAACAUUCGUCUUCGUCAAUCAAGAAUAUAAUUAGGUAUUCAAGAGUUGAAUAACGGCAAAAAGUUCGCAAUAAAUUUACCACAAUAUCUCGAGAAUAAUACUAUUUAAAUACUUGAAAAAUGCCUAACGUUCCUACAAUUUAAUUUGUGCCACACGUGUCGCUCCUUAUU